AUGUCACGGAGGAUCAACAACCCCUGGAGUGUCAACAACAGGAGUAUCAAUAACCACUGGAGGAUCAACAACCACUGGAGGAUCAACCACAACUGGAGUGUCAACAACGGGAUUAUCAACAACGACAGGAGGAUCAACAACCACUGGAUUGUCAACAACCACUGGAGUGUCAACAACAGGAUUAUCAACGACAACAGGGGGAUCAACAACCGCUGGAGGAUCAACAACCCCUGGAGUGUCAACAACAGGAUUAUCAACAACAAGAGGAGGAUCAACAACCACUGGAAGAUCAACAACCACUGGAGAUCAACCACCACCGGGGGAACAACAACCACUGGAGGAUCAACAAGCACUGGAGGAUCAACAACCACUGGAGUGUCAACAACAGGAUUAUCAACAACAACAGGAGGAUCAACAACCACUGGAGGAUCAACAACGCCUGGAGUGUCAACAACAGCAGUAUCAACAACCACUGGAGGAUCAACAACCACUGGAGUGUCAACAACAGGAUUAUCAACAACAACAGGAGGAUCAACAACCACUGGAGUGUCAACAACCACUGGAGUGUCAACAACAGGAUUAUCAACGACAACCGGAGGAUCAACAACCACUGAAGGAUCAACAACCCCUGGAGUGUCAACAACAGGAGUAUCAACAACCACUGGAGGUUCAACCAUGUCUGCAGAACCAACAACCACUGGAGGAUCAACAACCACUGGAGGAUCAACAACCACUGGAGGAUCAACAACCACUGAAGGACCAACAACCACUGAAGGACCAACAACCACUGAAGGACCAACAACCACUAGAGGGUCUACAACCACUGGAGGAUCAACAACCACUGGAGGAUCAACAACCACUGGAGGAUCAACAACCACGGCAGUGGCAACAACAGUAUUAUCAACAACAACAGGAGGAUCAGCAACCACUAGUGGAUCAACAACCACUGGAGGAUCAACAACCACUGGAGGAUCAACAACCACCAGAGGUUCAACCACGACUGCAGAACCAACAACCACUGGAGGAUCAACAACCACUGGAGGAUCAACAACCACUGGAGGCUCAACAACCCCUGGAGGUUCAACAACAACAGGAGGAUCAACAACCACUGGAGAACCAACAACCACCGGAGGUUCAACCACGACUGCAGAACCAACAACUGCUGGAGGAUCCACAACCCCUGGAGUGUCAACAACAGGAUUAUCAACAACAACAGAAGGAUCAACAACCACUGGAGGAUCAACAACCACUGGAGUUUCAACAACCACUGGAGGAUCAACAACCACUAGAGGGUCUACAACCACUGGAGGAUCAACAACCACUGGAGGAUCAACAACCACUGGAGGAUCAACAACCACGGCAGUGGCAACAACAGGAUUAUCAACAACAACAGAAGGA